UCAAUCUAUCUUUCAAUGAAAAAUCUACCUACACUGGAUCGCCGGAUCCAAUCUCUGUUUCCGAUUGCAUUGGCGUUGCUACUUGUCUUGGGAAUCGCACGACUAGUCCUAGACAACUUGAAGAGCAACCAGAGCCUUGUUUUCUUGUCAUAUGGCAGGCAAGAAGGUGACAACAAGUAUAGAGAACCUGUGUUUGUUAAACCUGAAGAUUUGGUGAAUGAAGGAUGCAAUGUUUUUGAAGGAAAAUGGGUUUGGGACAAUGUGUCAUAUCCUCUUUAUACAGAAGAGAGUUGCCCUUACUUGGUGAAGCAGACUACUUGUUUGAGAAAUGGAAGACAUGACUCCUUCUACCAAAACUGGAGAUGGCAGCCUAAUCAAUGUAAAUUGCCGAGGUUUGAUCCAUUGAAGCUACUGCAAAUUUUGAGGGGCAAAAGACUGAUGUUCAUAGGAGACUCAGUGCAGAGAGCACAGUUUGAAUCUAUGGUGUGCUUGGUGCAGUCAGUGAUUCCUGAUGGAAAGAAGUCCUUUGACAGAAUUCCUCCCAUGAAAAUCUUCAAAGCUAAGGAGUUCAAUGCAUCGAUCGAGUACUACUGGGCGCCAUUUAUCGUCGAGUCCAUUUCAGAUCAUGCCACAAACCAUACUGUUCGAAAACGACUAGUUGACCUCGACUCCAUUGCCAAACAUGGCAAGAGCUGGGAAAGUGUAGAUGUGUUAGUAUUUGAGAGCUAUGUGUGGUGGAUGUACAAGCCUGUCAUCAACGCGACAUAUGGAUCUCCGGACGAUAUUCAGGAAUAUAAUGUCACCACUGCUUACAGAUUGGCACUAGAAACUUGGGCAAAGUGGCUUGAAUCCAGCAUCAACCCUAGAAGGCAAAAUGUGUUCUUCAUGAGCAUGUCUCCAACACAUUUGUGGAGCUGGGAAUGGAAACCUGGAAGCGACGGAAACUGUUUCGACGAGUCAUACCCUAUUGAAGUUCCAUGGUACUGGGGCACCGGCUCAAACCUCGAAAUCAUGGGAAUACUUCACAAUGUCUUGGAAGGAUUGAGGAUCAAUGUAACAUUAUUGAACAUCACACAGUUAUCAGAGUACAGAAAAGACGCUCAUACGUCUGUUUAUGGCGAACGCAAGGGUAGACUCUUGACGAAGGAACAAAGGUCUGAUCCGAAAAAUUUCGCAGAUUGCAUUCACUGGUGUUUACCAGGAGUUCCUGAUACAUGGAAUGAGAUUUUGUACUCUUAUUUGUUGCGGAAACAUCGAAAUUUUUAGUAAAUUAUUCACAAAGUGGAGAAGCAUGAUAAUCUGAGAGACAUUUCCCUGCACAAGCA